AUGUCAUAUACCAACAACAACAACAACAACAAUUAUCACGAUUUUUAUUCUAAUCCACAAGAAGAAGAUUUAUUCUCUUUAACAUUCACACAAGAUGCACCAAUCUUAUCAUAUGGUUCAUCUUCAAGUAUAGAAAACUCUCCAAUUUCUUCGUACAAAGACGAAUUAUUACUAAAUCAUUAUAAUAUCAAUGAUUAUUUGAAUUCAAGAAAUUAUAACAAAAAUGAUUUAACAAUAAGUGAUAACGAUAACAGUGACAACAGUAACAAUGACAGCACUCUAAAUAAAAAUGAUCAUUUAGUAUUUGAGUUGGAUAAUGAUUUCAUUUCUUCGAUUAAACAACAAACAUCCACGGCAACAAAUUUAAAUCAAAUACCUAUGGGUACUUCUAAGAAUAUACCAGAUUCCUUCGCUAAUAUUGCUCAACAAAAUUAUAAAUUAUGGCUAUCUACAGUUUAA